GUUGAUCCACGUACAAAGGUGCGAAGAGGAAUAACGUCGGUCGGAAGCGACCGAGUCGCCGCGUGCGGAACGAACGAGAUGCAACAAAAGAGGCAGCACGAGACCAGACUCUUGGGUCGGCUCUGGAAUGGAACUGGAAACGAAAGGCUUGCCGAGCCGGAGGGGAGAGUGCUGGAUGUACCAGAGGACUCGCCUUCUCUUGCUGCUCACCAACGGGGAUUAUCGGUGCUAAAUGUGCCUCGCCGGAUGCGAUCUCUGAGAUCUUCUCCGAAAAGGGUGAUGAUGUAACGGGACUUUCGCUGUCGCUGUGGGUGAGGCAACAAUGUCCACACAAUGCAAUCGCUUCGUGCAAAACGCCUGGAAGAAGGAACUCUGUUCGAACUGUUUCAAGCCGAGGGAGGAACAUGCGGCGACCGACGAUACUCUACGAUUGAACGUCGAAAAGGCUUCCACAAAUUUGAAGAUUGAUCAUCUCCAGCUACAGAGCAUCCUUCGUAGUAAAGCGAUUUGCCGGAAGGAUCAGCGCAAGAAAAACGUCGGCUUCCCGGAGUCUCUCACAGAGAUAAUCGGUUAUGGCGGCGACGAUUUUUCCGAUGGCGAGGAGGAGAGGGAUGCGGGAAAAAUCGACUCUGUGAAAGCGGAGGACCUGGUGCCGGAUAGCGAGGAAGAACGCGCGUUAUUCGACCUGACUCGCUCGAACACGAACUUCAAUACGAUCAGCGCAAACUUGACAGACGUCGUGGACAAUCACGAUGCGAUCAAAUCGUCGUCGUCGUCGUCGUCGACGACGAUAACGCCCGCCAAGUCCUUCGCUUCUCUGAUGCUGGGGAAAGUACAGAGAGACGCCGAUGGUAAAAAGACAACUCUCUUGGUGUCCGUGACACCCUUCGGCGGUGAUGAAUCUGUGCCCACUGCCAAAAGACCUAUCGAUCGGAAGAUUAACUUGCAGACCAGUCCGCUCAAAUACAAGUCCGGUGACGGAGGAACAUCAGAUAACAAUGUCGAAGCCGCGAAGAAACUCAAUGGAGAACGGAAAAAGGCUGACGAACAAGAACAAAAAUCUUCUCCGGAACUAGGAAAGAUUAUAGAUAUGCCGUUGAUCACUUCUGCCAAUAUGAUCUCGGUCAUGCGGAAGGAAACGGAUAUCAACGCCGACGCGGUGAAAAUAUCGACGGAAAUGACGACGCAAAAGUACUCGAUCCUUAAGAUUGACAAGAGAAACGCUGUAAACGUUUCCCUUGACAGCAGCGUUUCAGCGAUAAAAAAGACUGAAGCCCAGACGCAGUCAACGAUAAUACCCAGCAUAAAGGAGAGCGAAAACGCAAAAGAAACGGCGUCGAAGAGAAGCGAGAAACGAGAUUCGAAACGAGAAGACGAGAAGAAAAAAGAAGAAGGGACCGAGCUCGCUUUGAAGAAUGAGGAGGCGCCAGAAAGCGAUCGUUCGAUGAACAGCAUUAACGACAAGGCAAUCGUCACCGACAAGAUCGUGAAGGAACAGCGAUUCUGCUUCGACAGCAGAGAACUUGCUGGAGAACCGGAUGGCAAAGCGGACGAGGAGGAAGCAACGGAACCGCCAGCGUUGCCGACAAGUCCUCCGCCAAGUGUGAUUUCUACGGAACCGAGAACUUCCUUCUUGCACGGCAAUAACGUUAAUAAUAACGACUCGAGAGUUAAACCAGCGGUACCGCAGAAACCCGUGACCUUUUCUGCAAAGACAAGCCUGAACGACGGCCCGCUCACCGUGCGAAAAAUUUCCGAUUACAUCCCACCACCGCCUUCGGUGCAAAAUGUCGCUGUUAGGUCCGUUCAGAAUUUAGGUACACAGGAUAUGAACCCUCGAUUUUUGACAAAGAAGGACAUCUCGAAUGAGGUUUCAUCGGAGAUCGAUCAGGUUUCCUCGAGUACGACUCAAAACUCGGAAGAAUCCGCUCCUCUACCGUUAUCUACUUCCUUAAUCACAUCAACGGAUUCGAGUGAUCAUUCAAAUAACGGAGAGACAGAGAACGAGAACGUCGCGCCGGACGAGGAGUUUCCCGAGAUAACUCCCGUUUCCGUUUCUACGAUGGAGCUCGUACGUUCACCAAACAAGAGACGGAUGGCUCCUCGACCGCCAGAGUCCACGGAGGAUCCGCCGCCGGUCUCUUCUCUGUUCGCCAGGAAUCCAGGGGCAAACCUGAAGUCCGAUUCCCCGGUCGUUCGCGAGAAGGAGAAGAGAGAGAGAUCGUCCUCGUGCAGCCCAAAAUUCCGCAAGGCAAUCUGCGAACUUCCGGAUCCGACGAACGGAUCCACGGAUGCCAAGCAAUCGGUCGAAUCUGUACCCAAGAGAACGAUAUCUUUGUCGCAAGACAGUCUGACGAACGAGAAGGAAGUACGAGAGGAGAAGAAGAGGAGCAGGAACCGAAGAGGCUUCUCCUUGAAGCGAUUCCUGAGAAUGGGCUCGAGGAAGGACAUGGACAUUGUGGUCGGUCAAAACGGAAAGAGCGACGAGAUACCAUCGACGCCGCAACCGAAACCGCGAUUGGAGAUAAUCCAUCCCCUGGAGUUGGACGGUGCUGCGGUCGAGGUGGUAGGGAAUGACAGGGUCGCCAGGAAUGUCGGCGAGGAUCAGGCGGAUUCCUGCGGCGCAAAGAACGACGGCUCGAGGACAGCGACGCGAUUUCCUCCAUCGUCCACGGCGAGACCCGGAAAACCACCCCCGCCGCCGAGGAACCAAUCGCUGGAGGACUGGUCGAGGCUGGAUCCGUCGAGCAAGCCGAUCAGGCCGCCACCACCUCGCGUAGAAGCGAAAUCGAGCGUUGCUUCUCCGAGCAGAAGCGACAAGAUGUCCUCGAAAGCCACCUGGAGACCGACGACCGCGACGACGUCGGACUCGAUUUACGCGAAUCUGGCAGCGGAGGAUGUUACAGGUGAGGUGCGCAGCGCUCUGGCACCUUCAAAACCGCAGCGCACUGCCAGUAUGAGGGACCGCGCCGUGUCCCAACCCGUUUCCAGGAGGGCGCAUAAUAUUGCGUCGGUCACGGGGACGAAUCAUCAACAUCGAGAUUACGACGUCGGCCUCUCGUCCGUAAGAUCCACUUCCGACUCGCCGACGUCUAACGACAGCCACGUGUACGAGUGUCUCUCGAGUUCACCCGAGUGCGAUUCGAAUUUGGAGCUGCGUCAUGGAAGUAGACAACGCGGUGACGGAUUCCGCGGCGCUUGCAAAAGGAAGUCCGACAGUAGCGCAAUGGGCGGAGAGCCAAAGGUUCAUCAUCAUCAUCAGCCGUUCGUGAGGUCGACCUCGUUGCCGUAUUGCGGUAGCGAGACCGAGAGCGAGCUUUAUGCACCUUACGCCUUUUACACCGGCGACGAAGGCGCGGAAGAAGAUCAAGAUUGGAAGGAUGAUGAGCCGCGGAUGGGUCGCUUGAGGCAACGCAGAGGACGCACCAUCGUCCAUCGAAGCCUCGAGGACAAUUAUGGUGCGGUGGUUGUCGCGAAUCAUGAAGCGCUCGCUCAAUUUCUCGAACAGGAAAAUCAAGCUGUCCAGUUGCCGGCAGGUCUGCGUGCCCUCAAGAACGCGAAUCCACAGCUGAAACAUUUCAACAUCGAUGUUGCCUCGUCGAUCUCCAUCGGCAGACGAAUAUUUUGUUCGGCGACGUGGAACGAUCAAAACGUCACUCUCUGCUUAACGUUCGAUCUAGCUAUGCCUAUGCCGCGGAAGGAUUUUUAUCUCACUCCUGUCGUAGAAUUCGUAGAUAAAGUACCGAAAGAGAUGAUCGACAAGAUCCGACCGUGCGCUAAUGAAAAUACCGAAGCGACAAUUUCGGUUCUCUCGUACCUGCACGUGACCACCAUACAAUCGUUCGGUGCAAUGUCGAGGGACAUAAGCAACGAGAGUGCAAACCGAGAGGCGUUGUUUGUGCUCCUUCAAUUGGUUAACGCGCUGAAAAGUCUCCAGGCACGUGGGAUCGAGGACGCCAACAGAUCCCUGAACGACGUUAUACUCUGCAGAGAGGAUGUUUACUAUCGGCUGUAUCUUUUACAAGGGAGAUUGAACAUAGAUCCGAGCGAUGAACCCGGAGAGGAACGAAUUUCCUUGUGCGAAUGCGCUCUGAUAGCAUUACGGCAGUUGCAUCUGACGAGCGAGUUGCCCAUCAUACGAGAUCUAUUGAUACGAGAGAAAGCGGUCACCCUUUCUCAGGUAAAAUCUGUGCUGGAAUUUUCCUUGUGGGGUCCAGCCGAUGUGCCCCUCGGUGGUCCACGGGAAAGAGAAGUGGCUCUUCAAAGAUGGCUCGACCUCGAGAGAGCAAAUGUACUCCACGCCCUUGUCAAGACCAAGGCAGCUCUGACCAUUAUAGACGAGUAUCAAUUAUUAUUCUUGGUUAGGACCACUGCUAAAAUUAUGAGCGAGGCUUCGAUGCUUCUGGACGAACAGCAUAAUCGUUUAGGGCAAAGUUGCUAAAAAAUAUGUUGUCUAUCCAUUAAAAAAAUUCAUUAAAUAUCCGAUGAAAGGGUAAAUAUCCGAGUGCAAAAACGUUGUUUAAUAAUAUAAUAUUUCUUUCAUAAUUAAUAUAAUAAUAUAAUAACACAAUAAUAUAGUUUAGAUCUCUUAUUAUCGUGACUUCUUUAUUUUAUAAAAGAUGUUAUAUAUUUUAAAAUAUCGAGGAUUUGUAAAUCGCUCAUUAUAAUGUGACAAUGAAGAAUGUAAGAUAGAUUAAUAUACGUAUAAUUAAUUUCCGAAUAGCUCAACGUUAUGAAUAUUUCCAAUUACAUAUACGUAAUAUGUAAUAUUUUAUGAUGAAAGAUAAACGCGAUAUUUAUAGGAAAGUGCCAAUGCUCAAUCGAAAUGUGAUUUUAUUUACAACGGCUAUGUGCGUCGUUUUAACGAUCCAUUUCGUAUACGUAUGAUUUAGAAAUAAUAUCUUCACAUCGUUAUCAGCACAAUUGUUUAUAAAUAUUUAUAGAUAUUUUAUACC